UAAAGCCCUUGCAGAGUGCUCUGACAGAAUCGGGGCUAGCCAUGAGAUAUACAUACGAUAUAUUCCGAACACAAAUGCCACAACAGGGGGACAAAACGUAGGACAAUUUGGGAGUACAUAAUACAGAAUACGAAGAAGGGACAGGACACACAACAUGGACAUUGAGGAGGAUCUGGACGGCAUGCCACCCAUCAGCAUCGGCACCUUCGGGAUACCCAAUGACCCGGAACUGCUGGACGAGUACGCGCUGUACCGUCCCUCGAUAGGCUCAAGUACGUGGAGAUAGUCGAGGCCUGUCCGGCGGCCUUCUGGCCGGAGAGCGAGAUGGCCGAGCUGGCGGCACUCGUGCGGGAACAUGUGCGCACCAUGGACAUCCGCCAUCUGCAGUCCCUCUCGGAGGAGAGCUUCCAGCGCCACAAAGGGAGCAGCGACUCGGAGCCGGACGUCACGUCGGAGGAGUCUGAGGCCCUGUUUGUUUCUAGCGAUGAGCGCAACACCUCCUCCGAGUGGACAGACGAGCAAGAGGGAGAGUGCUCCGAAGAGCAGUCCACAGAGCAGCCCGACCCGAAGAAUCAGGCUAAGAUCAACUUUAAUAGAGUGGAAACGGAGGAGGAGCAGCCGGCAGGGGCAGGGGCAGUGACAGGAGCAGCGGCAGUCUGAGGAGUCAUGUACCUUCUGGAUGACAUCCAGGAGGCCAAACGCGUGGCGCGUGGUUCCCGCAACGCCGUGCGACAGCAGCUGCGGCGCUUGCAGGCCGCCAGGAAGGAGGCGCACGAGCAGCGGGUGCACCGUCGCACCGUUAUGCGGCAGAGGCCCGCCGAGCAGCCUGAGAAGAAGCGCCGCAAGAGCAGGAAGACAGUGAUGGGCGUCUUCAGUAUGAAGGUGGAGCCCGAGCCGGAAGACGACGAAGAUAAGAUCGUGGACAGGCGAAACAAGGAGAAGGUGCUGGAGCGCCUCCGUCGCUACGACUUCCCCUCGGAGCACUGCCAUCACAUCGACCUGAGCUUUGUGCGCUUCUUCGAUAACCUCGUCUCGUUCACCCUCGAGUUCCUGGGGCCACACAUGGGGCGCGACUUCCACAAGCGGCACCUGCGGUUCUCCACCGAGGACGUGGUGCGGCUGGCCAGGGGCCUCCAGGAGCUCGACAAGCUGCAGAUCUUCCGCCUGCGCAACAGCCGCAUGGACCAUCUCAAGCUGCACGUCCUCUGCCGUGUCCUCAAGAACCUGAAGGCCUUGGAAGUGAUUGAUUCGCCCGUCCAGCCCGGAUUACAGAUGCAGGCCCCGUUCUCGGGCUCGCACUUGCCACCGUUCUCACAGCGGCACUCCUCCAAGCAGCUGGCGCCAAAGCGCCCCUCCGGACAGACAUCGGCGAACCUGGCGCCCGUAUAGCCCUUGGCGCACUCGCACUCCCCGCUGAAGGGCUCGCAGAGGGCGUUGUUCAGGCAGUCGCACUGCAUCGAGCAGUUCCUUCCGUACCAGCCAGAACAGGACUAGACGUUAUACAGGAUGUUGCGACAGUUAGAGAACAGCCAGGGCGUGGUCAUGAGCACG